AUGGAUGACGUGUUUCAGCAAAAAAAGUGCUUGAAGCGACAGACAGACAGUGUAAUAAGACGUAGCGAUGGACUGUUUCUCCGGUUGAGUGCUCAAGUUAAGAAGGCAUUAAAUACGCCUGAUCUGGGAUUUUUUAACUUUAAUCAUCAGGCCUACAAGCGUCAAUCGAAUUCAGUGAAAAUCGCCAAAAUCACUGCUUUUACGAUUAUUGUAUCGUCCUUUGUAUUGGGCUUCUUCAUUUUGGCUUCCUCGUAUCUGCAAGCCAAAGCAUCAUGCGAUCAAGUACAGGCAUUAGAUUCUGUAUUGGAAAAGGAGCUCAUGUUAGAAACUUUGCAGCAAGUCAAUAAGGAACUUCCACGAGCUGAAGCAUUAUUGGGCAAGGAAUCUCCCGAUGAAGUUGAUUUGCAAAAUCUAGACAGCAACGAACCAGUCAAAAAGGUUGAAAUUAAGCAGAAAAAUGCACCUAUCCCAACUGAUGAUGACAGAACCGAUAACAACUACUCAGAUACUGAAGAAACGGAGGAGAUGCAAAAAUUCCCUGGCAAAGUACCACUCGAAUUGGACUUAAGUGACUUAGCAGCCGCUUUAUUACAAAACAAUAAGAAAUCACGCAUGAAUUGUGUUGUUGAACGCAAACAUGCUGAAGAGAUUGUUGAUUCACCCUCAAAGACAGUUUCUUUACCAUUCGGAAUGAAUUUGACCACCGAUCCAAAGAAGGCACGUAUCACUGGUGAACGUAUUUCCAUUUAUUGCGAAGGUGGCAAUGAAAAUAAAGAAAAUGAAGCACGCGAAUCAAGCCGCAAUAAUCGUGAAGAAGAUGAAGAUACCGAAGAAGAUGCUGAACCCAUACGUCCAGUCUUCAUACCCUAUCAACGUGUACCAAUUCCAUUUGGACAAAUUCCACAACAAUUCCCAUUGACACAUAUGCCACAACGCAUGAUGCCACCAGUACAACAACCACAACCACAUAUGCGCCAAAUGUUACCACCAUUCCAACAAUUACCAAUGCGUCCACCAAUGCCACCACAAAUUAUGCAAGCACCACACCCAGAAUCACAACAACAACAACGUAUGAUGGAACCACAAACACAAACUGUACGCAUACACGUACAACAAUUGCCCUUCAGAGAAAUUCAUGUUGCCGAUGAUGUACCCGUACAAAUUCCAGCACAAAACCAAGAAUUACCACAAUUUCAAGUUCAACGUUUACCAUUAGGCUUGGCUUUACAACGCGCUGGCAUUACCGCUGACGAUCUACGUAACAUUCAACGUAUGGCUGAAGAACGUAUCACCGAUGAAUUACGUCGUAUGGCUGCUGUAGAAUCAUCAGAUUCUGCCGAAAAUAGCAAUAGUAACAGCUCUGAAGAGGACGAUUCUGCCGAUACACAAUCAUCUGGUCAAUCUUCUUCUGCUGAGCAAGAUUCAAUGCCACCACAGCAACCACAACAACCACAGCAACCACAACCACAACAACCCCAACCACAACAAAUCCCACAACGGCUCAUUUUGCAACCAUUGCCUGAACAACCACGUGACACUAUGAUCCCACCAAUGCCCGAUCAACCACCACAAAUGAUGCAAUAUGGACGCGCUGCUUACGGACGUAGUUUGGCACAACCCGUGCGCAUUCCAGUGCCAAUGAUGCAAGCUCAAGCCGAUAUGUCACAGGAAACACAAAAUAACGCACCUGAAGAGAGGCCACACUUUGUACAACCACGUUCUGUAUAAGCUCUUGAGCCUGUGAUUGUUGCUGCUUGAUACCUUUUCUACUUUACUUCUAAUUUGUUGUUUACUUUAUAUUUAAAACUAUAGCAGCUCCUUACCGCCAAAAAUAUGUAAAUUCUGGAUUCUGUUUGUGCAACUGCAAAUGCAAAUACAAUAAUCAAUUUAUAACUUUAUAAAUUUUUAAUAUAUAUUUUCUUUUCGUGUGGAUCACAGUUGAAUUGGAGGCACUAACACAAAUAGAUUUGUUUUUGGCUUUUUACGAUUCGUAGUAUAUCUUUUAUAAUUUAACGAGUAUUGUUAACUAAAAUUAGAAAUUGCAUAUAUGUAUAUGUGUAUACUUAUAAUGGAUAAAAUAUUUAAUAAAUAAAAAUUCCAAAAUUUGUAAAUAAAUU